CCCGCCCGCCGGAGAAGCACCGAGAGGCCACAGCACGCGAGCACAUACACACACACAUACCCAGAUUCAGGCUUAGCACCCCGGAAGAGAGCAAGGCCCAUGGCGGAGGCUACGAAUGACCCCGGCUCUGAGGAGCAGGAGGAGCUGCUGGUGGACGAGGCGGCAGGGCUCACCACCCAGCGGAGUGCGGAGGACGAGGAGGAGGUGGCCCGGGAGCGACGCCGACGUGAGCGGGACCGGCAGCUACAGGCUGAGGACGAGGACCUCGACCACCAGGCCCUGGGGCCAGAGCAGGACAAGCUGCUCCACCGGAAAACCUCGGAAACCCCUGAACUGGAUGAGGAUGAGGGUUUCAGCGACUGGUCCCAGAAACCAGCACCACGAGGGCAGCUUGCCGCAGAUGGCCGGGAGGCCACUCUCGGGGACAGCCCACAGGAGCAGGAACAAGAGGAGAACCGGCAAGUGAUGGCCCAUGGGCAUGAACAGGUGGAUAGCAAUGGACCAGGCCAAGCCGAAGUCCCCCUGGAAGGGCUGUGCCUGAGCCCAGUGGUGGAGCCCCAGGAGGAUCCGGGUCUGGAGGAAUCAGAGCCUCAGGACCCAGAGAAGCUGGCCCAGGACCCCCAGGGGCCAGCGGAGGCUGGGGAAGCAGAGGAGGAGAUUUUCCAUCCCCAGCACCUGCACUGUCAGCAGCCCAGGACACCCAGCCCCUUGGCCAUGGAGGGGGCUGUCGAACACAGUCCACCUCCCCUGAGCCCCACCACCAAGCUCAUCGACAGGACUGAGUCCUUGAACCGCUCCAUAAAGAAGAGUAACAGUGUGAAGAAGUCUGAACCAGCCCUACCUAUCUCCAAGAUUGAUGAGCGCCUGGAGCAAUACACCCAGGCUAUCGAGACUGCAGGUCGGACUCCCAAACUAGCCCGCCAGGCCUCCAUAGAGCUCCCCAGCAUGGCUGUGGCCAAUACCAAGAGCCUGUGGGAGACGGGAGAGGUGCAGGCCCAGUCCACAGCCAAGGGUGCCUCCUGCAAGGAUAUUGUUGCUGGAGACAUGAGCAAGAGAAGCCUCUGGGAGCAGAGAGGCGGCUCCAAGACCUCUUCAACUGUUAAGAGCACCCCGUCUGGGAAGCGAUACAAGUUUGUGGCCACUGGGCACGGGAAGUAUGAGAAGGUGCUCGUGGAUGAGGGCGCAGCACCCUAGAUCGCCAGUCCUGCCUCUGGGACUCAGGGUGAAGCCAGCAUCACUUUCCACACCCAGGGGAGACUCCUGCCAGAGUCUGCCUGGCCCCAGGAAGAAACCGCUUCCGAAGGCUUCCUGGCCUACCUGCACCCCUCAGACCCCCACCAUCACUGCCGCCACCUCCUUUUAUUCCUAGACCCUUCAGCUCUUUCCCUCCCACCCCUCACCCCAGGUUUGCCUCUCACUGAGGGAGGAGGAGAGGGAUGCUCCUGACCGCUGGCACUGGGCAAGCGGCCAAGUGCUCCUGAUGAGGCAGGAAACCGAGGCCCUGCCCAAGCAGAACAAGGCUCGGCAGCCUGCUGGCCCACAGGGCACCACUGCGAACCUCCAAGUCAAGAGCCACUGAGGCUGUGCUGGGCACUCAGGAACCUGCGUCCCUCCCUGUUCCCUGCUGCACCCUCUGCCCCCGCGCGUGCCCACUGUGUGUAAUAAAGUUCCCCUGUGCCCCAUGCA